UUCGACAUCUUCCUGGCACUAUUCUACAACAGUUUAUAAUUGUAAUUGAGGAACUAUUAUUAAUCAGUCGAUUUGUAGUUGUUGUGAUGUGCAGUUGGUUUUGGUUUUAAGGGGACGAUAUGUUUGCCCUUUCUACUGUAAUGAGUACUAUAACCGCGCCCCUUUUCGGGCUCGGUGCCGCCGCCGUCACCUCUAACCUAGGUGUAUUCAUCCCCGCAUUGGUAGCAGCUAUUGCCUACUUCCAGUACGAUCUUUUGGACCCUGAAAGUCGUCCCAUUGAUGUCGAAAUGGAACAGAUGUAUGAUCGGUACGAUUUCAUAGUGGUGGGCUCCGGUUCAGCCGGAGCCGUUGUGGCGAAUCGUUUGAGUGAAGUGGAGAAUUGGAACGUUUUACUUUUGGAGGCUGGUGGCGAUGAAACUGAAAUCUCUGAUGUACCGUUGAUGGCUGCUUAUUUGCAGUUAUCGCAGCUUGAUUGGAAAUACAAGAGUGAGCCUCAAGGACAAGCCUGUUUAGCAAUGAACAAUGGCAGAUGUAAUUGGCCCAGAGGCAAAGUAAUUGGUGGUUCCUCGGUACUGAACUACAUGUUGUACUUGAGAGGUAACAAAAAGGACUACGACAUCUGGGAAUCGCUUGGCAAUCCUGGCUGGGGUAGCAAAGACGCCUUGUACUAUUUCAAAAAGUCGGAAGACAAUCAGAACCCUUACUUAACUGAAACACCGUACCACAACAAAGGAGGUUAUUUGACGGUAUCUGAAGCACCGUACCACACACCAUUGGUGGCUGCUUUCGUAGCAGGCGGGCAACAAUUGGGCUACAAAAACCGGGACAUAAACGGCGAGUUCCAGACCGGAUUCAUGAUGGCACAAGGAACGGUACGACGUGGUUCCCGAUGCUCAACCGGCAAGGCGUUUUUGAGACCAGUACGACUAAGGAAGAACCUCCACGUAGCGAUGAAGGCGCACGUCACCCGAGUGUUGAUAGAUCCAACCACCAAAAUCGCCUUCGGUGUGGAAUUCGUGCGUGGCGGCAAGUUGCACAGAGUCAGAGCCACUAAGGAAGUUAUUUUGUCAGCGGGGGCGGUUAAUUCGCCGCAUCUCUUGAUGCUGAGUGGCAUCGGACCGAAACAGGACUUGGAAAAGCAUAAAAUCCCGGUGAUUCAGGAUUUGAAGGUGGGACACAAUUUGCAGGACCACAUCGGACUUGGAGGAUUGACUUAUUUGAUCAACAAACAAGAUUCAAUCACCUUGGACCGGGUUUACUCAGUCGGGCCUUUGAUGCAGUACGCUAUAUUUGGAGGCGGACCUCUGACCAUCAUGGGAGGAGUUGAAGGUCUUGCUUUCGUUAACACCAAAUAUGCGAACGCCUCAGACGACUUUCCAGAUAUAGAGUUCCAUUUCGUGUCAGGAUCGACGCACUCAGAUAACGGAGCUCAGUUGAGGAAAGCCCACGGAUUAACUGAAGCUUUCUACAAGCGAACAUUUGAACCCAUUAAGAACAGAGACGCUUGGAGCGUCAUUCCAAUGUUGCUGCGUCCUAGAAGCAAAGGUUUGAUACGUUUGCGCAGCCGCAACCCCUUCGACGCCCCAUUAAUCUAUCCCAAUUACUUCAAAGACGACUUCGACAUGAGAACGUUAAUCGAAGGUGCUAAAAUUGCUCACCAAUUGAGCAAAACACCAGCCUUCCAGUCGUACCAAAGUACUUUGCAUGAGUUCCCUGAUUGCAAAGCUUAUCCCAAGUUUAGUGACAGUUUUUGGGAGUGCAUGAUCAGAAUGUACUCAGUAACAAUUUACCAUCCAGUCGGUACAGCAAAAAUGGGACCCUAUUGGGACCAAGAUGCGGUGGUCGAUCCUCAACUUAGAGUAUACGGGAUUAAAGGUUUGAGAGUCAUAGAUGCAUCGAUCAUGCCCAACUUGGUCAGCGGUAACACCAACGCACCGUGCAUCAUGAUCGGAGAGAAGGGAGCAGAUUUAGUCAAGGAAUUUUGGCUGAAGACAUUAGCAUAUGUGAUCAUCUUAGUUAAGUGUAAAAAAAUGGCUGACAUCCACAGCCAAAUGAACCUUUAUUCCAUGACCAGGAUGGCCUUAACUCUUGGUCCUGGUUUAGGUUUUUUGAUGUACCUCCAUUCCUGCACUUUAAAUCAACGUCCGGACAUUUUGGACAGAGAACACAGAGUGCACGACACGCCCUUCUACUCGAUCCAAGACAACUAUGACUUUAUAAUAGUGGGUGGAGGAAGUGCUGGUUCGGUCCUUGCAAAUCGUCUUAGUGAAAACCCCUAUUGGAACAUUUUAUUAAUUGAGGCAGGCCCGGAUGAAAUCUCCCUGACAGAUAUGCCUUUAAUGUUCCCGACCAUACAACUAUCACCGUUCGACUGGCAGUACCAAACGGAACCAGGCGAAAAGUAUUGUAAAAGCAUGAAAGAAGGAAGGUGUAACUGGCCUAGGGCCAAAGUACUGGGAGGCUGCAGCACAAUGAACGCCAUGCUGUACAUCAGAGGCAACAGGCGCGACUACGACCGAUGGGAGUACUUGGGCAACCCGGGCUGGGGCUACGACGACGUGCUACCAUACUUUAAAAAAUCAGAAGACAUGCGUAUCGAAGAGUUCAGGGACGACGAGUACCAUGGCAAAGACGGCUUCUUAACAGUCGAGCACUUCAGGUACCACAGUGCGAUAAUGGAUUGGUUCUUAGACGCCGCCAAAGAAUUGGGUUACAAGGUGUUGGAUGUGAACGGGGAGUACCAGACGGGAUUCACGCCCGCUCACGGUACUUUAAGGGACGGUCUGCGUUGCAGUACCGCCAAGGCCUUUCUGAGACCUUGCUGCAACAGAGAGAACCUCCACAUCACACUUUUGAGUACCGUUGAAAAGGUAGUGAUCGAUCCGGAGAGCUACCGGGCGACAGGGGUGGUGGUCAGCAAGUUGGGGGCCAAGAAAACCGUUUAUGCGGACAGGGAGGUAAUUUUGAGUGCUGGAUCUUUGCAGUCACCCCAAUUGUUGAUGUUAAGUGGUGUUGGACCCAGGGAUCAUUUGGAAAGUUUGGGCAUACCUGUUUACGUUGAGUCUCCCGGAGUUGGAUAUAAUCUCCAAGAUCACGUUGCAAUGGGAGGACAAAGCUAUCUGUUUGACGCACCAGAAGAGUACGCCGACCAAAACUGCGCAUUUUUGUUGCCCAAAGUUUUCUCACCUGAAACUGUCAAUUCAUUUGCUCAAGACAAAUCUGGACCGGUGUAUUGGUUACCUGAAUGCGAAGUUAUGGGUUUUGUAGGUACCAAAUAUGCAAAUUUAUCGGACGAUUGGCCAGACAUUCAGUACUUCAUGGCUUCUUACUCAGAUGCUGGUGAUGGAGGACUAUUCGGCCGAAGAGCCACGAAUUUGAACGAUGAAACCUACAGUGCAGUCUAUGAACCUAACUUGUACAGAGAAGCUUUUACCAUAAUCACCCUCCUUCUGCGUCCUAACAGCAGAGGCAGGAUUAUGUUGAAAGAUUCCAAUCCUAGCUCAAAAGUACUGAUCUACCCGAACUACUACGAUGAUCCUAUGGACUUGAAGGUCAUAGUGGAGGGUGCGAAGAUCGCCAACAGGUUGGCUUAUACCAAAACAAUGGGGAAAUACAACGCCAGAAUUAAUCCGUACAAGUUUCCGGGUUGUGAGGAAUACGAGACGUUCAGCGACGAUUAUUGGGCCUGUCAGGCCCAACAUUACACCUUAACUAUUUAUCAUCCUACUGGUACAGCUAAAAUGGGACCUGACAGUGAUCCAAUGGCUGUGGUUGACCCCAGGUUGAGGGUCAGAGGAGUGAAAAACUUGAGAGUAGUGGACUGUUCCAUCAUGCCUUACAUUCCAUCUGGAAACACCAACGCUCCUACCAUAAUGGUGGCUGAAAAAGCUGCAGACAUGAUCAAGGAGGACUGGGGAGUACUUGACAAAUAUAGGGACUCAAAGGAAGAUCAGAAGUCGGAAGAAAGUUAUCAGGAAAAUGAUGUCGAAAAUGAAGUGACCUAUAAACCGAAUCCUGAAGUCAUCGAAGCUACACAACCCAAUAUAGAAGCUACGAAAAAACCAGAGGUGGUCAUGCAGAAAAAUCCAAAACGUCAAAAGGAUUUAGACUACUGGUAAAAAAAAACAA